GGAGAAAUCAAUUGAAUUGUCCUAUAAUUAAAAGGGCAAAUUUCACAAUUUAUGACGGGUAUAGAAAAGUAGGAAUAGAAAAACAAAUUGGCAAACAAAGAAAUGGGAUAACGCAAAGACGAGAGGUGGCGAAUAGAAGAUACAAAGGAAAAGCAACAAAAGCGGUGAACACGGUUUUCAUUGCAUUGCAUGAAAAUAUAUGUGCAGCAAAUAUAAAUGAAGCGAAAUUGUAAUCGGCAUAGCCAAGUGUUCGUAAACCUCAGUAGUUGUCUAUUUAAUGUAAGUAGGAGUCGAAAGGGUUGUAACGAACAAAGAAGUGCUCACAGACGGACCUAAACAACCAGAAUUAAUGCAUUGAAUCAAGUCUAAAACCAAAAGAAAAUAACUGAAUCACAGAGUACAGAUUGGUGAUCGAAUUAUUCGUGAGUUUACUCUUCAGUUUCCACCUUCUAAAGUUCAGUGAAUAUCUUCUGUCGCUGAAACUAUGGCUGAUCCCGAGAAACAGAGCCUGAUUAACAAUGAAGAGACCAAUAAUACGUAUUCCACUGCACAGCCUGGUGCUGUAACGGGCAGUGUUGGUAGCGGUGAAGCUGGUGCAGCUAUCAUUGCAGGAGCAAAUUCAGCUGAAGGUGGUGUUUCGCAAGCAAAUGUGCCGUUUGUGGGUCCCGAUGAAUUGCCACCGCCAUACCAGGCAAAUACAGGAACUGGUGUACCAAUGGUUACAUGUAGGGUGUGCCAAAACAUGAUCGACAUUACAACAAAAAGAGAUCAGCAUGUAGUGAAGUGCAGCCAUUGUAAUGAGGCAACUCCAAUACGGAAUGCCCCCCCUGGCAAGAAGUAUGUGCGUUGUCCAUGCAACUGUCUGUUGAUUUGUAAAAGUUCAUCGCAGCGUAUUGCUUGUCCUCGGCCCAAUUGCAAGCGUAUUAUAAAUUUAGCACCGAGCCCAGUUACCCCACCCGUACCGGCUAUGCCCGGCAUGUGUCGUGUAACAUGCGGACACUGUUCGGAUACAUUUUUGUUUAAUACGUUUCACAAUGCAUUGGCGCGCUGUCCUCACUGCAGAAAAGUUUCGUCGGUUGGUUCACGUUUCGCUUGCGGACGCGGCAUAUUGUUCGCUAUACUAGGACUGCUAUUCCUUAUUGCGGGCAUCGGUAUUACUGUUGGCACAUACAAGUAUGCAAGGGAUCAUGGUGGUAUCAUUAUCGCUUAUAUUGGCCUAUUUAUGAUUGCAGCCUUUUUGGGCGCACGUUCUGUUUAUUAUUUCCGUUUAAAAGUGAGCGCCAUAGAUGGUCCGAUGUAAGGGCGUAUAUAAAUGUUUUUGUAUCAUUCCUUUUGAUAUUAACAAAACAAAUCAACAAAACACAUAAACACAUUAAGCGUAUUAAAAAGCCAGAGGGAGGUAGCAUAAAUGAGGAAAGUAUA